AUGGGUAUCACAGAGAAGACCCGACACGCACGUCUACUGCUCUCCUCCAUUGGCUUCCCUCCAGGUAGUACAAUGAGCUUGCAGUUCCCUGCUCUCGUCACCGGCCACUCCGAGGAGAGCAGGUACUCAGCUGUCAUUGAAACAGAGAGUGGGUCUUUGUAG